CACCAACUUAGGUCAUCUUGUUUUGAAGGUCAAUUCCUAUGGGAGACGCAAUGCUAUCUGAUCUACCUUAACCUCUUUGACAGAGUCUUCGAACCACCAUGGCCAUCAAGAAAGUGCCAGUCCUCCCUUACCGUCGAGGCUCGGACGCCUCCGAGGCCGACUUCUUCGACAUCCCCGACGAACCCUGCUGGGCCAUCAUCAAGCGGCAGCUGCGACACCUUCGGACCUGGGUCGCCUUCAUAUUCUUCGUCCUCUUUAUCCUCUUCCUCCGCCGAGAGAAGCCUCCGCCACCCAAAGUGACCCAUAUCGAUUACAGCCGCGUGGACUGGUCCCGCUACGCUUACAGCCAAUAUGCCACCUCGAGCCCUUACCUCUGCAACGCCCUGUUGACAUUCGAUGCCCUUGAUCGCCUAGGUAGCAAGGCGCAGCGCGUGCUCUUCUACCCUGAGAACUGGGAUGUGAUUGUCGAGAGUGACCGGGAUCGGGAUAGUCAAAUGCUGGCGCUGGCGUAUGAAAAGUACGGCGCGCUGCUGGUGCCGAUUGAUGUUCAGAUGGUCAAGGCCGGAGCUGGUCCAAGCGAAUCCUGGGACAAAAGCACCAGCAAGUUCCUCGCCUUCGGCGAAACCGAAUUCGACCGGAUCAUCCACAUCGACUCGGACGCGACCCUCCUCCAGAACAUGGACGAGCUAUUCUUCCUGCCGUCCGCCCAGGUGGCCAUGCCCCGCGCCUACUGGCAGCUCCCGGACACGCGGCAGCUCUCGUCGCUGCUGAUCGUGCUCGAGCCGUCCUUCAAGGAGUUCUACGCGCUGACGGCGGCCGGCGAGGCGGUAACGUACGGGCAGGUUAACACGACCGGCACGACGACCGCCCGGUACGACAUGGAGCUGAUGAACGAGCGGUACGGCGACUCGGCGCUCGUGCUGCCGCACCGCCAGUACGGGCUGAUCACGGGCGAGUUCCGCGCCGACGACCACCGCGCCUUCCUGGGCAACGACUGGGAGGCGUGGGACCCCGAGCGCGUCCUCAGCGAGGCCAAGCUCGUGCACUUCUCCGACUGGCCGCUCCCCAAGCCGUGGAUCAUGUGGCCGCAGGAGUUGCUGGCCGAUAUGCUGCCCAAGUGCAAGGUCAAGCCCGGGACGCUCCAGGAGAGCGGGUGCAAGGAUCGCGAGAUUUGGAAGAAGCUGUAUGAUGAUUAUCGACGGAGGCGGAGGGACGUAUGCAAGCUCCUCAGUUACCCGGCACCAAACUGGCCCCCACGGGACGUGCCCGAGCCUCCUCCCUCGCAGGAGGAAGCGACUCCACCACUCUCAUGAUUAUCGCGUAUACCAUUCACGGGCUUUUUUUUUCUCGGCGCCAUCGGGUGUUUCUGUUAGAUCGGUGUGGGAUUCAAGGAAUUUUUCUCGUUUCGAAAUAGAUGGUUGUAAUGUAACUCUAGAGCAUUUUCUUGUGUGUAUACUAGCCGCAGGAUGGAUCGGGACAUAUUGAGAAUAUUGUAUAUAGAGAAGGACUCAGUAGUCUGGUCACAUGUCA